AUGGAUGUAGAGAUUUUUGCGCGAAACCGCGACGAGCUGUCGCCAAGCGUAUUGGAGGACGUGCAGAUCCUGGUGAUACCAGGGCCGCAGAAUGUGUUCACGGACGACGAGUUCGCCUGCCUCAAGGCCAUGGUCGAGAGAGGGGACUCAGUCCUGGUGGCGAUGGCCGACGGCGGGGAAGAGCGUAUGAACACAAACAUCAACUUCUUCUUGGAGGAAUACGGGAUCGUGGUAAACAACGAUUGCGUUGUGCGCGCUAAAUACCACAAGUUCUAUCAUCCGAAAGAGUGUCACAUCUCGAGCGGAAUACUGAACCGAGGCGUAGUGAAACACAUCAUGAAAAUGCCCAACUAUACCGUGGAAUCAGACGACUUUUUAGAGGAGCCGGCAACUCCAACAUUCGUAUAUCCGUACGGUGCAACAUUGACGGUGAACAAACCCGCGGCGGCCAUCUUGUCCAGCAGUGACAUAUGCUAUCCGGUGAAGAGGCCAGUCGCCGCUCUGUACACUUCGGAGAAAAGCGGAGGCAAGCUCUUCGUCAUCGGCUCGGCCCACUUCUUCGCCGACCAGUACCUGGAGAGCGAGUGCAACGACCUCAUCCGCGAAAUGAUUUUCAACUACCUCGGCGGGGUCAUCGACCUGCACCUCAACCCCGUGGACGUGGAAGAUCCAGACGUGAAUGAAUACCGCACUUUGGGCGAUGCGCUGUUCCUGAGUAAGGUGCCGCUGCCCGCGCCCGCCACCGCCCCCCCACCCCGCCUCGCACCCCUCCACCCGCACGCGCUCUUCACCUGGAGCCUGUUCUCCCUCAACCUGGCACAGCUGCCAGAGGCGCUGGGCUUGUAUGACGCUUUGGCGGUGAAACAUGAACCCCUAAGGCUCAUAGCUCCACAGUUCGAAACACCUUACCCGCCGCUACAGCUAGCGGUAUUCGCGCCUACAUUCCGCGAGCCGCCGCCUCCACCUCUGGAGCUCUUCGACCUCGACGAGGCGUUCAGCUCGGAGCGCAGUCAGCUCGCCCGCUUGGCCGACAAAUACCUGCAGCCAGCGGUCACCAGGAUGGGCGAAGGGGACGUUGGGCAGUUGGAAAACGAGCUGGAGUACUUCAUACGGGAGUGCGGGCGCGUCGUCAGGCUCACGCGCGCCUCCCCUGCAGAUGAGGGGCCAAGCGCCAGGAGCAUCCUGCACCAGCUCGGCGUGCAGUUGGCGACUUACAAGAAGAUGGCGCCCAGGGAAGAG